AUCAUACACGCAAAAGCAUAACAUGUUAGACUUGUAACGAAUUUUUUUUUACUUGUUUUUUUUUGUUAUCCAUCCAUCCAUCUUCAAUAUAAUCGUUGUCGUCGUCGUCGUCGUCUUUGUGUGUGUUUUGUUGUAUUUCCGAAUAUCCGUUUGUAUUGCGUGUGUGUGUGUGUUUGGUAUUUGAAUCGGGUAUAUUCUUUUCUAUCCCUGUUCAUUCUGCUAUCAUCAUCAUCAUCAUCAUACGAAAUAAAGUGUAUAUUUUCACUUUGCUACGACGACAACGAUCAUCAUCAUUGUAAAAAAAAAGAUAUAAACCAAUUUUUUUGUAUGAGCAUUUUUUAUACUUGUCUGCUAUACGUUUUGUGUUUGUAUUUGUGUGUGUGUGUGUGUGUGUAUAUUGAAUCCUUUACUCCCUAGUAUAUCUGGUCAUCAUCAUCAUCAUCAUCAUCUUUAGUAGAGGAAGCAAAAACUAGAAUCAAAAUAUAUUAAAAAAAAAAAUCUAUUUUAAUCGAUAGCUAAAUCGAAUCGUCAAAAGUGUUUUGGUUGAUUAUUCUUAAUGCCACGGACCAAACUGUAAAAAACAUUACUUUCAUCUUUUAGUUGAUUUUUUUGAAAUAGAAAAAUCGAAAAAAAAAACAUUUGAUGUUCAUAUUCAAUCACUGUCAUUCAAUUUAUAUCAAUUCUGUUCACCAUAAUCUUUGAAAUUUAUAUUUUCAUCUUAUUCAAUUUGAGAUAUAUCCAAUAUAUAGACAGCUCAAAAAUCAUUAUUUUUUUUAGCAACCAGUUCAAGCUAAAACAAAAAAAUAACAUUAAUUCAUCAACAACUCGAUCGAACAGAAGUCAUAACAAGUCGAAGAAAUAACCACACCACAUUCAGUGUUUGUAUGUGUUGAAUUCUAGCAUUGAAUCUGGAGAAAAAAAUAUUACCUCGGCUUAUCCAACCUAUUUCAUUCGUUUAAAAUCAUCAUCUAGUAAAGAUAUUUUUACUUUUAUCUUCCAGUUAUUUUGCUUGAAUAAUUUUUCUACGUCUUCUUGGUGGCUUCCCUUCAAGUAUUUUCUACAAUAUUAUAAAUCUUGUUUGAAGAUUCUUUUCCAAGGCCAAGAUCAAUUGCUUCGAAAAAUUGCGAUUUUUUGGGAAAUCUGACUCACAAUUGAUGUAAAAAUAUAUUUGAGGUUUUCAUCCAUUUAUCGGUGAUAAUAUCGAUUAACAUACAACAAUAUUCUAACGCGAUAGAAAACAAAGUGAUCUCCCCUUUCAUCAUCAUCAUCAUCAUAUGCAUGUACAUAUGACAAAAUUUGAUCGGUGAUUUUUGUUGCUAAACAAAACAUAGGAAAACCCAAUUUUCCAUCAAAUACACACACACACUUCCCCCUUUUAGUUGCAUCUGGUAGUACAAAUAACAAACCAGAAAUUUUCAUUUGGACAUUAUCAUUUCACUCUUUUUUUCAAAUUUUGGGCGUUUAUAUGAGCAUUUUCACUCAUUUUUGGUUUUAUUGUCGAAAUUAUCAUCUCACAUUUAUUGAUUUAUCUUUCUGCAAAUUUCAAUUGUUUUCAUAGUGGAAAAACGAAUUCAUAAAUAUAUAUCUUUACAAGAUUUUCAAUGAAAAAAAAUUUUCUCAGCUGAAAGCACAACACGAAACAUUCAACAUUGUCAACAUCAAAAAAGUCUUUAUUGUCACUAAUUUGUCGUGUCAUCUUGUUUAAUCAAUUAUAAUAACUUUUUGUGUGAAAAAAUAAUUUAUUUCGAUUCAUCAUCUCUAAUUUUUACCACCCUCCAAACAACAACAACAAUAUAAAUUUUUCAACAGUGAACUAAUUAAUAAAUAUCAUGGCCGAUCCAUUAAAUAUUGAUAGUAUUAUAUCUCGACUACUAGAAGUUCGAGGUUGUCGCCCCGGAAAAGCAGUACAAUUGGCAGAAACCGAAGUUCGAGCCCUUUGUCUUAAAUCUCGUGAAAUAUUUCUCUCACAACCAAUAUUAUUAGAAUUGGAAGCUCCAUUAAAAAUUUGUGGUGACAUUCAUGGUCAAUAUACAGAUUUGUUGCGUUUGUUUGAAUAUGGUGGAUUUCCACCCGAAGCCAACUAUCUAUUCUUGGGUGAUUAUGUGGAUAGAGGAAAACAAUCAUUAGAAACCAUUUGUCUAUUAUUGGCCUAUAAGAUCAAGUAUCCAGAAAAUUUUUUCCUUCUCCGUGGCAAUCAUGAAUGUGCCAGCAUUAAUCGUAUAUAUGGCUUCUAUGAUGAAUGUAAACGAAGAUACAAUAUCAAACUGUGGAAGACCUUUACUGAUUGUUUCAACUGUCUCCCAAUUGCCGCCAUCAUUGACGAAAAAAUUUUCUGCUGUCAUGGAGGUUUAUCACCGGAUCUUCACUCGAUGGAACAGAUUCGACGUAUAAUGCGUCCUACCGAUGUACCGGACACUGGGCUACUCUGUGAUCUACUAUGGUCCGAUCCGGACAAAGAUGUCCAAGGGUGGGGUGAAAAUGAUCGUGGUGUUUCAUUCACAUUUGGAGCGGAUGUUGUUACAAAAUUUUUGCACAGGCAUGAUCUUGAUCUCAUUUGUCGUGCACAUCAAGUGGUCGAAGAUGGCUAUGAAUUUUUCGCCAAACGACAAUUGGUUACAUUAUUCUCUGCCCCGAAUUAUUGUGGUGAAUUUGAUAACGCUGGCGGUAUGAUGUCCGUUGAUGAAACAUUAAUGUGUUCCUUCCAAAUAUUGAAACCAUCAGAAAAGAAAGCCAAAUAUCAAUAUGGUGGACUGAAUUCUGGUCGUCCGGUGACACCGCCACGAGCACCGGCUAUUAAGAAAAAAUGAAAAAAAAUUUUAAAAAGAAAAAUUUAUCAUCAUUCUUAUUUGGUUAAACAUCAUUGGAAAAUGGUCGCCCACAAACCCAGAUCAAAAUUUAACACACACCCACAAACACAAUUGAAAAAUAUCUCAAACUGAUAAAUUUUCCAAUGACAAUAAUAAUCAAUAUAUAAUGCAAAAUACACAUACCUCCAUCCUCUCUCAACAUAUAUAACAACAUACAACAAUACAAGAUCCCUUUCAAUUCACUCUCAACAUCAGCAACAAAUACAGAAUUUAAAUUUAUCAAUGGCACACCAUUAUAAGCUACAUAACA